CUCCAUCAUUUAUGAUCGCUCUUUCUCUCCGCUGCUCAUUUGCUCCGCGUCUUCAAUCACUCCUUCCGUUCUCAACCACAAAUCUGCGGCGUUCAGUCCAGUCAAGCAGCAUGAAUUGAACGCUUCUAAAUGACCAUCCGAGCGCGUAAAGCGUUUCCAUUCACCACAACUGUUCGGCAGUCAUCCAGCGCGCUCCGCUUGGGCUUCUUCCCGGAGAAGAAAGAGAGAGACUCUUGAUCCCCCCCCCCCUGCUUUGGGUGUAAAUGUUGAAGCUUGAAUGGCUGGAGCUCAACCUGGCGUUCAUGCGCUUCAACUCAAGCCGGUGUGCGUGUCCGACAGUCUGAAGCGAGGCAGUAGAUUUAUGAAAUGGGAUGAGGAUUCGUCUACGGUGACUCCAGUGACGCUGCGCGUCGAUCCGCAGGGAUACUUCCUGUACUGGACAGAUCAGAAUAAGGAAACGGAUCUAUUGGACAUCACCUACAUCAAAGAUGCAAGAACGGGGAAAUGCACCAAAACGCCAAAGGUAGGACUGCUGUAUUCAAUGCACCCAACCAGACGAAUGCAUCCAGGCCCAAACAAUAUGCCAACCAAUACUGGUUCCAACAUAUUUUAA